AUGGGGCUUUGGACCUUUAAUCAGGCAUUAGCACGCCGAGAGCUUAUGAGGAUGAUAGUGUUGCAUGAAUUGGCAUUCUCAUUGGUGGAGUACGAUGGAUUUAGAAGAUUUGUCUCUAGUCUAAAUCCUAGCUUUAAGAUGAUAUGUAGAAAAACAGUGAAGGAGGACUGCAUGAAAGCAUUUAAGGAAGAGAAGAGAAUUCUGCAAAGGAUGUUCCAAAACUCCAAAUCCAAGAUUUCUUUGACUAUGGACCUAUGGACAUCAAAUCAGAUAGUGGGGUACAUUUGCAUCACAGCCCACUUCAUUGAUGAGGAGUGGAAGCCACAGAAGAGGAUAGUGAAAUUCGCAGCUAUGGAGACGCCGCACACAGGAGCUGCAAUGUUCAACAUCAUGGUGAAUUUCAUAAGAGAGUGGAAUAUUGAAGAUAAUCUCUUUGCUGUGACGCUAGACAAUGCAUCGAACAAUGGUGCAUUGAUGAAGCUAUUGAAGGCACAUCUCCUGCUUAAGAAGAUGUUACCUGGUAGUGGCAAGUUGUUUCACCAACGUUGUGCUGCCCAUGUCAUAAAUCUGAUAUGUCAAGCAGGAUUGAACUUCCUUGGUCCAGUGAUCAACAUGAUGCGUGAAAGUGUUAAAUAUAUUCGAAGCUCACCAAGUCGAAAGGAAAAAUUUCAAGAAAUCAUUGCGCAGCAUGGUGUAUCAUGUGGGAGAACUCCAAGUCUUGAUGUUCCAACUCGCUGGAACUCAACCUACAUGAUGAUUGAUAUAGCAAAGGAGUACCGCGGAGUGUUUGACUCUUUGGCCAUUCAAGAUAAACAAUAUACCUUCAAGCCAUCUUUUGAGGAUUGGGAAAAUGCUGAAGAUGUUUGCAGGCUACUGAAGGUAUUUUAUGAAGCCACUAAUGUGAUAUCCGGCACAAAAUAUCCAACUGCUAACUUGUAUUUCCAUGAAAUGUGGAAAGUGAAGCUGACCUUAGAGCAACAACAUUAUGAAGAGGAUUCUGAGAUGGGGUUGUUCAAGGAAUACCUCCAAUUGAAUGGCAAUGGCUCAGAUCCCAUGUCAGAAGGAGGUGAUGAUGACAUGGCUGUAAGUGGUGAAGAUCCUAUGGCUGAUUCGGACCAGCAUGUCACCCUCACUGCUCGAUCAACAAAUUUGGAUUCUACCGAACUUGAUUCGUACUUGUCAAAGGUACCCAUCCGUCGAAGUGACCAAUUCAAUAUCCUUGCAUGGUGGCAGACCAACUCAGCUAAUACUCAACGUAGCUUGGCUUCAGUUCAUGACAUUAUAAUGGACUUACAAGAUAUCGAGGAUUGA